GAGGUUAUAAAACAAAUGUUUGAGGAGGCAUAAUAUGAAGGGGACGAUUUCGGAUGAGAUAGAAGUGAGUGUGCCUGCAAAUGUAGCAUGGGAGCUCUAUGGGACAUUGCAACUAUCUAGGUUCAUUGUGCAACAAUUGCCUACUCUUCUUAACAAAGUUGAUGUGAUUGAAGGUGAUGGUACUACUGGAACUGUCCUCAAAAUCACUUUCCCCCAAGGUACACCAGGAAUAAUACCCUAUUUCAAGGAGAGAUUCAACAUAGUAGAUGAUGAGAAAAGGUACAAGCAAUCUCAAGUGAUUGAAGGUGGAUAUGUUGAUCUUGGUUAUACUUUCUAUGGAAUUAGGUUUGAGGUAAAUGAGAAAGAUGAAAAUUCAUGCAUCACUAAAUUUACAGUGAGUUAUGAAGUUGAAGAUGUGAGACUUGCAAGUCAUGCAUUCACUAUGGUUGAGCCAUUGCAAACUGUCAUCAAAUCAGCCAAGACUUACCUAACAAACAAGACACAUAAUUGAGAUGAAUAUGUUACCUUGUUUGUUAUAUCAAAUUCAAUAGCAUUUUGAGCUGUCUAGACUAAAGAAAGAUAUAUUUAUGUGAUGCAAAAAAGUAUAAUACUAUCAAUCUUCUGCCUUUUUUCAAGUUCUAACUU